AUGACUUCAUGCAUCCGUCGUAAUGGUGUGCUUAAAGCUCGUGAACAAAAGAUCUUGCAAGACCAAAUAACGAACAUGCAUAAUCCAAACAUGGCAGAAAUGUAUGAGGGGUUGGUCACGGACGAAAGAGGCUUAAAGAGGAGUAGAAACUCUCUUGGAGGUGAGGGUAGUAGCCGUCAUCAACCUUCAUCUAGCAGCGAAUACACAAAUGAUGAAGAGGUGGUGCACGGUGUGGGUACUAGCCAAAGAGGUGGUCGUGGUAGUCGCGGUGGUCGUCGUGAUGGUCCCAAAAAUCGUUCUGGUGGUGGUCCUAAAACUCGUGGUGGUGGUGGCACCAACAAAAGGGGUCGUGGUGGCCUCCAUGCUUAG